AUGUCGUCGGUGUCAACAUCAUCACUUAUUGUCUAUGGAAGGGUGGCAAUGAAAUGCGUCCACUCAACCCUCCUAAUUCUCUCGUUGUCUUACUGUAAUUCCUUGACCUACCUAUGCAAAACAAAAGAAACUUUCAAGCUUGCCGAGCUGCAAUGGUUGGAGGUGGAACUCAAUGCAAUGAGUAGCCAAGAAGCAAAAGGUGAUAACGAGAAGAAGGUUGAACCCUAUCAUGUGAAAAAGUUACUGGUGGAUCGUGCGACGGGUUCCACCUUGUUUCAGCUGGAUACUUUUGAUGAAAAAUGUGAUGGUGCGCUGUUCCAAGAGGACCAGUCUCUACUAUCACCAACCGCGCCUUCGAGUUUGCAAAAAUGCGAUUGGAUUGCUCAAGUCUUGGUCGGCACGAAAGAUUCGGCAGCAGCAUUGGUACAAACCUUGCAAGAAGUAGCGAAAGAUACAAAGUUGCUGGAAAUUGAAAAGGAUUGGAACCUUAACUAUGUUCGAAUGGACGGAGCAAAAGACGGCGAAACGAAGAAUCAUCCUCGACAAUCGGCAACAACUUACACCAAGAAUUCACUGUUGCAAGCAGUAGCCCAAGCCUUGGCAGUUCCACCGGCUUUGGACCCAAAAGAAGCAAAGCAACAACUUUUGUUGGUGGAUGCAUUUUGUGAUAAAGAUGGUAGGACUACACGGCAGUGCUACUUGGGUGUCAUUCAAGAACGAAAAGACGGCGAGUCUGCAUUCUCAAAUCCGUUAUCAAUCCUACAAGAUUGGUCCAAGCGUCCCUUCCAAUAUAGCUCCGCCAUCAAUCCUCAAGUGGCAGAAUCCAUCAUGGAUAUAUUGUGGGACAUGAUGUUGCCAUUCAACAGUGACAAUGAUGACGAAGAAGAAGCACAAUUGACUCUACUGGAUCCGACGUGUGGAAGUGGAACCUUUCUUGCGCUGGCCAUGGAUCGAGGAAUGAGGAUAGAAGCCUACGACUGCAAUUUGCAAUGCGUCGAAGGAUCCAAGCGCAAUAUGGAAUAUCUCUUUUCCGACACCACUGCUGAUGCAAUGACUGAUCCUCAAUUUCUACUACAAGUCAGCCAACAUGAUUCCACCAAUCCCUUGCCAAUAACAUUGACGGACAGCGGCCACAAGAUCGAUUGCGUCAUUGCCAAUCUACCUUGGGGAAUCAAUAGUAGUGUGGACGAUGAUGAUCAAAAUGUCAAGAUAUUGCGGUCGGUGCGGCAACGCAUUUUGCCUCGAACCCCAUGUGCCUUUGUCACUCGCAGUGCUGAGGAGAUGGUGGACUUUGGUGGUUUUGAGGUCUUGGGUCAAGCCCAUGUACCACAACGAGGAUUCCUAUUGCCAAAGGGAAGCAAGAAAAAGAAGGGAGCCAAAGAUUUGGAACGCAACGGUAGGAAUCAAUGCGUUGUCACGAUUGUGAGGGCAAAAUAA